GUUUGGCUAAAGGGGAAGCCCACUGUCAUAGACUUUGAAAACCUAUGACAUAAACGUAAACUGAAAGUGAAAAUAAAAUGAGGAACUCCCAAACUGAUGCAACAUAUCAGGAAGUAGGCGGAGAGUGUAACUUACUUGGAGAUAAAUUACACCAGACUUUACUAGAAAACAGCUAACAACGAAAAGAUGGAGGUGGUGGAGACUGUAUUUUCCAUUGCACAGAAGAUCUAUGCAUUGUGUGAUCAGGCCACUUCCAACAAAGAACAAUGUACACGUCUGAAGAAAAGGAUUGAAAUAUUACUGAUUCCUGUCGAUAAGUUAAAGUCCCAGAACGACAAGUCCAAGGAACUGAAGAAGGUGGGUGGGGAGCUUCAGUUGACUUUAAAAAAUGCAAUAUCCUGGGUCAAAAAGUACUCCAAGCAGGAAUGGUGGAAGAAGAUACUAAAGGCUAAUAAAAUUAAAGAAGAAUUUGAUCUUAUUAAUGACCGUCUCGGUGAUGCUGCAGAAGCCAUCUCGUUGCUACUAGCUGUGGAAAAGAGAGAAAAAUUCCUUAAUUAUUUUAAUGAAAAAAAAAGGAAGAAACAAAACCAGGAAGCUUUACAAAAGGACUUUGAAUAUCUGAAGCAAUAUUUGUCAUCUGAGAUUAAACCGCUGGCUGACAGAGUGGAUCACUUGAAUGACGGAAUACAGGACAUUAUCGAAAAGGUUGAUAAACUAAGAGUAUGCUUUCAGCGCACUCCUUGGGAAGACACCUCAGUGAUAAAUCCAUCAGAUUUGAAGCGUGGAGAGCUGUUGAUAGAGAAACCAGGCCACAAUACUUACAAAGGAGAAUACCAUAGGACCCCAGUGGCUAUAAAAGUACUAAAGGGUGAUCUGGUCCAAGAUGAUGCAAUUGUGAGGACAACAUUUAAUACAGAGAUUAAGAUGAUGAAGAAAUUUGAAUGUCUGAAUAUUCUACGACUCUAUGGCAUCUGUAUUGAUAAUUCCAAUGGUGGACCACACUACUCUAUGGUGAUGGAGUUGUGUGAAAAGGGGACUUUGCAGGAAUUGCUGACACGAGAACCAAAUCUUUCAUGGGAGCAACGUGUUCGAAUGUCCUUGGAUGCAGCAAGGGCCCUUUACAGGUUGCAUCACACCGAGGAAAAAGCAAUUUUACAUGGGUGUCUGAGUAGUCACAGAUUCUUGGUGAAUGACAGUUAUUAUCUAAAGUUGGCUGGAUUUGAGCUCUCAAAAACGGAGUCAUCCAUGAGAAAAACUCCUAAUGCAAAUAAACGCAAUGAAAAUACUGACUUGGCAUACAUCGCACCAGAGGCCUUGAAGAGUAUCACAGCAUAUAACAAGAGUAGUGAGAUCUAUAGCCUCGGAGUUGUGUUGUGGGAGAUUGCAAGUGGAUUGGUUCCGUUACAGAGUUUUGCACAGACUGUACUGUCUCUUCCCAUACAUACUGCAUCAAUGACACUGGAGGGGACAGAAGCGAGCAGACAUGCAGAAACUGACCAGUACAAUAAGAAUUUCACUGAUUUGUACCAAAAGCAAUUUGAGGAAAUGGAAGCUGCCAUUCCUGUAGACUGCCCAGCUUUCUUACGUGACAUCAUCAAAAGUAGUCAAGCCAUGGAUCCUAAUGACCGUCCCAUAGCUGGAGUUAUUGUAGAUCUGCUAAUGGACCAUUUAAAUAAGCAUGAAAAUUAGAACUUCCGGUCUGAGCCUGCUGAGUAGAUAUGUGACCUAUUACUCAGGAAUCAUCAUGCUGUUUCCAAGUUUUUAUGCCACUCUAAGUCAGUAUCAGAUUGAAGACUGACACAUUUGGCAAACCACCCAAAGUAUUCAUUUCAUUUUAAACUGAACCUAAAACCAUUGAAAGCAGAACCUUGCAUCCACAGUGGAACCACUAAAUAAAAUGGUAACUACUUUGGAAGAUAAUGGACAAAGAUAUUUCAGUGAUUCCGACUCAAUAUCUGAAUCAUGGAGAAAUUGAUAAAUAGUCAUGAAAUGAAUUGGAACAGUCAGAGUCACUGAUGAGCGGAUUGAGGAUCUGAAUGAAAUAUACCACAGCUUGUAAAUUGUGAUACUGCACCAUCAUGAAUUCAUAAAUUGGAAGCAUAGGGCUUAAGGAAAAGGAAUGCCUGCUCUUACUAUCAGAAAUCCUCUUAGCACAAAAAAGUGUACUUUCUCCACUCACCCUUCCUCAGGAUCUUCUUUAAUCAUUCAGUGGAUUUCAACACUUUUGCAUUGGGUCCAUACUAACAGAUACAAUUACUGUAUGGACAUUUUGAGCACACAGUAGUUUCUUGGAGCACAUUGAAUGAUACUGGCAAAAUGUAUGUGUAGUGAUUUAAUAACGACAUCAAGAAGCAGAAAAACAGUUAAAACAUCCUGCAUACAAAGUUAGCAAUUUUUCAAUCAAUUUGUAAUAAGAUGACUGUUAUAUGUGCAGUGACAUAGAAAGUAGUUCACAUAACUCAACGAUACAAGUCUCAUGUUUUUUUAAAAGGACAUUAAACACCUUGUUUUUGUAAAAUAAUUGUACUUGUCCACACUCUCUAUAGAGGCAAAUCAAACAGCUGGGUUAGGCAAUAUGCACCAUUCUGUAGAAAAGCUUUUACAAAAUUUGCUUUUGGCCUCUCUAGGGAGUGUAGGACAAGCACAGAAUUACACAAAAGCAAGAGGCAUUUAAUGUCCCUUUAACUACUAUGAAGUAUAAAAUACCUUGCCUAUCCACAUCUUAAUAGGUAUAUUAUAAAUAGUUAUUUGGAAUAAAAAUGGAUGUGGAAGUUCA